AUGAAUAAGGAGGCUGUCACAUUGAAACAAGAGGAUGAUAUUACAGUGAAAGAGGAAUAUGGGAACGAGGUUGUCAAAGUGGAAAAAGGGGUAGAAGCUUUCAGAAUCAAAAAGGAGGAAGAUGCCGUAAAAUUGAAAGAGGAAGACCCUUUUGGAGUAAAAGAGGAGGAUAUCUCAAUAAAAGAGGAAGACGUUAUGGGAGUGAAAAAUGAGACUGAAGAUCCGAUUACCACCAAAAUUGACCAGGAGAGUGACACAGAAGGAAUGGAUGAGGUCUCUGUGAGUGACCAGAGUUUUGAUUCCAGUGCGGAAGAAAUGUUUUUGGAAGGAGAAGAUCCACUUUUUGAUCAUCCCAGCGAUUCUGAUUGGGAGCCCAUACUGCCAAGGUGCAAAUCCCCCACUGAAGCUGGUCCAUCCAGCCGGACCCCUGCUGUCUCCGGCACCACACCUACCCCCACCCGGCCAUCAAGAGGUGUGAAGCCGGUGACAAAGAAGCGGAGGAAGGGAAGUGUGGAACCUGCUGGCAGUGCGGAGGAGGGUCGUUGGCACUCUGUGCUGGAGGAGGAUGUGGUCCCACCACCUCCUAUUUUCAGACCAAAGAGGCCACCAGGUCCUCUGCUGGACAUGACCUCCAAGUACAGCCCCAUGCAACUUUUUCAGUUGUUUUUCACCCCAGGAGUUGUUGAUUCCCUGGUGUUGAACACUAAUAAGUACGGAGCUAAGAAGCAUCAAGGCAAGAAAGAGACAUGGAAGGACAUUUCCAGGUCAGACCUUUUCUGCUACAUUUCACUGGUAAUUUACAUGGGGCUGGUGAAGUUAAAAACCCUAAAGGAUUACUGGAAAACAGCCACACUCUAUCAGCUGCCUUUCCCCCGCACUGUCAUGUCCUCUACAAGGUUUUUAAAUAUCUCACGGGCGCUUCAAAUCAGUGACCCAGAUGUUGAUGAGGAGAAUGACAGGAGGAAAGGCACCGCAAGGUUUGACAGGCUCUGCAAAGUCAAACCUCUCUACCCCAGCAUGGUUGAGGCCUGCAAGGCCCAUUUUCAGCCCGCCCAGAACUUGUCCAUAGAUGAGAGGAUGGUAGCUUCAAAGGCCAGAAUUGGCCUAAAACAAUACAUGCGUAACAAACCAACUAAGUCGGGUUACAAGCUGUUUGUUUUGGCUGAUUCUGCGUGUGCCUACACAUGCAAUUUUUUUGUCUAUGAGGGGAAGAACACGUGUGCGACUGGUAAAGGACUGAGUUAUGACUCUGUAAUGGAAUUAUUGGAUUUUCAACUGCUGGGGAAGGGCUACAAACUCUUUGUGGACAACUUCUACACAAGCCCUACCCUGUUUGCAGACCUGAGGAAGCUGGGGGUGUGGGCUUGUGGCACCAUUCGGACCAACAGAGUGGGCUUUCCAAAGACCAGGGUAAAUGACAUGCCUAAGCGGGCUGAGCGGGGGGCCAUGCGAUGGAUCCGUGAAGAUGGCCUGCUGUUUGUGAAGUGGAUGGACACCAGAGAGGUGGCGAUGUGCUCCACUAUCCACAAGUCCUUCAGUGGCGAUCACGUCAUCAGGCGUGUGAAGGACGCUACUGGGGCAUGGACCACCAAAAAUGUCCCCAUUCCUGCAGCCAUCAAGGACUACAACCAGAGCAUGGGAGGUGUAGACUUGUCAGACGCUCUUAUAGGAUACUACAAUGUUCUACAUAAGACAAAGAAAUGGUACAAGACAUUGUUUUAUCAUUUCAUUGACAUUGCUGUGGUGAAUUCCUUCAUCCUCCAGAAGGAAAUGGCCAAGAGCUGUGGACAGCCCCCCAUCUCACAGCUAGUCUUCAGGGAGCUGCUCAUCAAGGAGCUUGCUGGCUACAGCAAGUCCACUGCAUCACAUUCUGCCACCUCUGCCCCCUCUACCUCUAGAACGGCAGACAGGUUGGUGGCUGAGGGCCGUUAUGUCAGCGAUGCACAGGAGCUUUACAAAGGCCUCCAGGAGACAAUCACGUCAGUGAAGCUGUUCUGUGUGAAGAGUGCUGAUGUUGAACGUGCGAUGGAGAUGAUGCUAAGACCGAUAAAAGUGGUGCCCUCCACCAUGAGACACCAGGUCUUCCCCCUGCUCCUGGUGAGCUGA